AUGUAUAAUAUUGAAUUUCCAAAGGGUCAUGUUGGAAUCAAGAGUUUUGAUGUUGAUCUAGUUGAUGAACAUGGAAACUCUGUACCAUUGCAUGAAACUUACAUUCAUCAUUGGUUUAUUUUAAAAUAUAAUAUAAAGAAGAAUAUGUCAGUGUCGCAAAAUCCAAAUGAUCAUAGCAAACCUUCUGGGGAUCUCAUUUACAAAAGAAAUGAUGGAACAUGCAACAAUGGUAUUCUUCCACAUCAAUGGAGUUCUGGAAGUGAAACACGAGGAACAAGUACAAAACUUCCUUAUCCAUUUGCAGUUGAAAUAGGUAACCGUGCAGAUAUUACAGAAGGGUGGGAAGAGCAAUGGUUGUUGGGUGUGCUGGUCAUUGAUACACGAGGCGCUGAAAAUAAAAAAAUUUGUAUUCAAUGUAGGUGUGACCAAUUUAAUCUCCCUGAAAAUUUUUAUGAUGUGACAGUUGGAUUCCAUGGAAAAGUGACUCCCGAAUAUAAAGCAGGAGUCCUUUGUUGUCAAGAUAAGUUUCAGUGCAAAAUGAGAAAGGGAUUUCAAGCACCAAGGAGAAAUCUUGCCAUAAAAUACAACAUAACUUGGGUUAACUGGGACCAACACCAAAUUCCAGUUAGAUUUUAUGUACUUGACGUCACUGAUCGGGUAACAACAAAUGGUUCUGAAACAAUCCACAAUUGUCAGGAUGGAAGAACUUUGUGUACAUCGACACCAACAUAUGGAACGGGAAAAGAAGCAGGGAAUGAGGAAGGUUACCUUGUUGGGAUGUCUGUAUGUUAUCCAAAACCAGGUUCAAUGAAGAUUGAUGAUGGUGAAACCGUGACCGUAGAAUCAAUAUAUAAAAAUGAAUUUCUCCCAGCAGUUAUGGGAGAUAUGCAUUUCUAUUUGGCUGAUGAACUGUCCCAUGAUGCAUAG